CGUAUAUUAAAACUUGCGCGCACACAAAAGUUCCAGAUUGAAAAAUUCUGUCCAGAGUCGAAGCCAAGGCGAACGCUCCUUCUCGCAAUGAAGAUCGUGCCGCUUGUCACGCGAGAGAGCCUAGUCCUGCCUGCACUCACCGUUUUCGCGGUCGAAGCCAAGAGUGCAGGCACGAUUGCAUUGGCAGUCUCCGCGUCAGGCGGGCUUAGCCACGGAUUUUCGAACUACAUCCUUCCCAUCCUUGAUGAUGAGCAUAUGCUGUGCACCAGUCUGAUCCAUCAGCUGUCGAGCAUGUCGCAAGCGGCUCUCGAACAGCGGAAAUGCAGACAAUAUAAACCAGGACGUUCACACAUACGCAGAAUCGUCCCUGACUCCUUACUUCCCCUUGCCUUGUUUUCGUCAGUCUGCUGCUGCAAUUAGGACAACAACAAUGUAUACAAAGCUUUAUGGAACGGUCUAAUGGUCGCCGCUAUCCGUGCACGAGAGGCGCACCUGUGACUGCGUCCUUCGCCUCGCUCUCUCGUUCGUGCUUGUCGUCGCCACAGCCGCAGUCGUACAGUCCCUCAAGCUUUGAGCAAUCGAAUAAGGGCUUGUCCAGGCUCUCAUUGACUUUAUUGUGCAUCGAACACAGAUAGAUGCUCACGACACUCUUGCUCGCCGUCUGAGGCGGAUACUGCACGAGCAACUCAUGAAAAUGUUGAGCG